AGCACGGACUGGGUCGUACGUCAAUUUGUAGCUGCGUAUGAAAUUAUACAGCUUCUUGUUGCAUCAAAUCCACAAAGCAGAUGAAAAUGAAGUCCUUCGAGCUGGAACUUCCCAAAGUUCCCAGCAGCUUAUGGCGGGCGCAGAAACUUUUUUUUCAACUACUUUUUUUUUUUUACCCAUAUGAUUUACCCAUGGUAACUAAUAGGCAUGAUUUAUUAUAUACAUUUCCCAUGCAUGGAUAGAUAACAUACAAAAUUUCGCUUAGCUAGCUAGUCUGAAGGCAGGAAUCGGUCGACACCGGCGGGGCCCGGCUUCACGGAUUCGGACCGAAUCCGUGCGACCGUUCACUGCUGGCGCCUUCCUGUCCCUGCCUUCAGACUAGCUAGUUAAAUACUUAUCAGCAGCGACGCUCAUAUAUCAACUCUUUUGGCAGCGCACAGCUUCCUCACAUACAACCCGUCGCGUUUUCAUAUGGGUAAAAAAAAAAAAGUAGUUGAAAAAAAAGUUUCUGCGUCCGCCAUACAGCUCCUCUGGCGUUUCUUCGUCCGCAACGACAAUAGCGACGACAUCUGCCUCCACAUCAACCGACAUGAACGCGGCUGCUAAUAAAGUCAUGCACCAAAUGAAUUACACCGCGACCACCCCGUCGAAGUUCAGCACAACCAAUCCGACGCCAAAAACGAACUUAUCCCUCACUAACGUGAACGACUCCAUUGUGCGGGCGCCGUCGCCGAGCAUGUUCAGCAACCUCUUCCAACAACUCUCUCCGAACGGCAAGGGGAUGAAGAACAACAAUGGCGAUGACGAUUCCUGCGCGCGGGGGCAGACAUCGCAGCAGAAGGCGUACGAGCGAUUUUGCAUCCAGGGGACACUGUUUAUCAACUUUACCCUCGCGAUCGUAAAGUUGAUCGCGUUCUUGACGUCGUUUUCCAUGGCGGUUUUGGCGAGUUUGGUGGACUCUUGCGUCGAUUUGUUUGCGCAGAGUGUGUAUGCAUUGCAAAAGCAUCGUACUAGUAUAAAUCGCAAUACAAAUUUUCUCAGAAGGAGAAAUGGAGUUUGUAAUGCUGAUUUGGCUAAGAAACAAGUACAAGGUUUGUCAUGCAUGAUUGCAAUUAGUACGAGUACGAUACUUUUGCAGAGCAUAGUGUGUUGCUGUACGCGAAUCGGGCGAAGGCGGCGAAGUCGGCACUGUAUCUAUCAAAAGGAAAAAUCCCCCCUCCCCAUAUCGAAAAUUAAAUUUGUGAUGCUGUAUUUGGGUACACAAAUCGACUUGUAAUGCUAGAAGGCCAAGAGACGCAGCUGUGGCCUCGGUUGCAGGCAAUUUGUCAUGCUGUUUCCCACUUCCAGUUGCCCCCUGUCAUGCGGAAGAUGCAAGGCUUUCCCACGCCAACCAGCACUACAGUCCGCAUCUUUUCCCUUCUAGCAUGACAAAGCUGAUUUGUGGCCACAAAUCUGCAUCGCAAAUUUCUAGUUUGAGUAUGGGGUGGGGGGAUUUUUCACUUUCAUAGUAUCCGGCCGGGAGGGCGAGGAUUGAGCCGGUGGGGGUUGUGGUAAGAAAGUGCAGUAGGUUUUUGGAUUUUUUCUUCCCCCUUGAUACAUACUGUACCCUCGCAUGCGCUUUUAUCUCAUCACAAAAGAGUAUAGACGAAUCUGCAGUUCAGCACCACGAAUUUUAUCUUCUAUUGCGACAACCUAACCUCCCCUGUCCUGCUCGUCAGGUUGCGUCCGCGGUCAUGGGCAUGGCGUCGCUCGAGGUGAUCCGGGAAUCGAUCCAGCAACUCGUGAAACAAGAGCCCUCGGUCGACAUGUCCAUCUCCGCGAAUGUCAUCGUUGCCGCCAUCAUUUUCAUCAAGAUUGUCAUUUGGCGCCUGUCCAAAACCAUCGCCAUCCGCACGGGCUCCUCCUCCGUGGAAGCCAUUUCGCAGGACAACUUCAACGACAUUUUGUCCAACGCCAGUGCCAUGCUGUUCGCCAAUUUAGGGAGCCAUUUCCUCGACGAAAGUAAAAAGCCAGAUAAUGGUGGCGCUGCACCAUCAACCGGUGUGGAGCAUAGCAACCCUGACAGACCGGGGAAUUCCUGGUGGAUGAUUGAUCCAGCGGGCGCGAUCUUGAUCUCCAUGUACAUCAUUUACUCCUGGGUGUCCCUCGGAAUCGAGCAGGUGCAGAUCCUGUAUCAAAAGGAAAAAUCCCCCCACCCCAUACCGAGAGGAAGAUUUGUGUAGCAUGAUUUGUGACCACAAAUCAUGUUGUCAUGCUAGAAGGGAAGAGAUGCUUGCGGAUUGUAGUGCUGGCUGGCGUUGGUGUUGGAAAGCCUUGCGCCUUUUGCAUGACAGAAAGCAACUGGAAACGGAAAACAGCAUGACAAAUUGCCUGCAAACGAGGGAGCAGUUGCGUCUCUUGGCCUUCUAGCAGUACAAUUCGAUUUGUGUACUCAAAUACAGCAACACAAGUUUCGUUUUGGAUAUGGGGAGGGGGGAUUUUUCCUCACAAUAUCCUGGUGGGGAAAGUCGCGGACCGGGAAUUUCUGGACGAAGUCAGACGGAUUUUGGAGGAGGAUAUCCAGUCGGACAAGCUGUUGAACAGCAAAAAUGUGACGAUCGACAAGCUCACCGCGUACCACUUUUAUGGCUUGCUCAGAUGUUACAAUCUCAAACGUUACGGUCGAAUCUGGAAUUUGUCUUGCAUGAACAGCAUGAGUUGUACCAUACAGAGACUUGGGCUCUUCGCAAUACAAAUUUCGUCAGAAUCUCAUGGGGUUCUUUGGGGCUCCGAAACUUGUCAUGCGCGCUCCUUUGGGAGUAGGCCAGAUGUUGCGGAUUUUGCAACACAAAUUCCAGAUUCUAUUGUAACGUUUGAGAUUUUUGUAACACCUGAGCGGGUUAUAACUUUGGCCCGAAAUUUCUCGUCGAGGUCGAGCUUGUCAUGCCUGUAUCCUGAGUAAAAACGUCCCCACACCAGAGUCAGGAUGGGGAUUUUGCAACACAAACCUAGGAGUUUUGGAAGUCACGCAUGACAAGUUGCACUCCGCAGUGUAGUGCAGGUUAGCAAGUGCAGCCGCAUCACAGAUUCAUCUGCUCAUCCUGUUCACAGCAUCACAAAUUCCACUACACGACUGGAAAUGGCUUUCAUGGGGAUGCGCAUUACAAGUCUUCCUGUCUUUGCAAAUCUGCAUUACAACUCUGGUGUGGGGACGUUUUUACUCAGGAUAGCCGGAAGACACGCUGCUGCGCGAGUCCCACGACUGCGGCAUCCGGUUGCAGCACCACGUCGAAUCGUUGUCGCAGGUGGAAAGGUGUUUCGUCCACAUUGACUACGCUGUCCGGGAGGUGGACGACCACGAUCCCGGGGCGCCGUUGGCGUUGAAAACAUAUUGCUCCGGUAGUGCUUCCGGCACGGGGGAGGCGGGGACAGAUGGGUUGGGAGUAGACCCGGAGCAGUUGGAGGCGUUAUUGGUUGAUGAUUCGGGGAGAGAUGAUCAUCAUGAAGUGAACGAUGUUGUGCGGGGAGGUAUAAUUUCUUCUUCUUCAUCCGGGGAAGGUGGCACUGUCAACAUGAUGAUUCUAGGCCGGUCAAGUACGAGCUAGGGAAGGACUUGAUUUGGAACUUGGUCACUUCAUGAUGAUGGAAUAAAUUUUUGAGACGGAGAACCUAUCUACUAAACCGCCGUUUCGACAUUCGAAAUUAAAGACUGUGCUCUGCGGAAAAGAAAAGUUUAGAUCGAAACAGUAAU